GGCUGGGGGGUGAGGCCCAGCCCCUCCCGCCUCCCCCUUCCCCCCAGUAUAUGAGCCAAGCCCAGGUGCGCUGGCUCCUCCUGUCCAGUCUCAGUGGCUGCCAGCAGAUCAUGUGUCAUCAGCUCCUCCGGGGCAGGCUGUAGCACGACGACGUUCUCACCGAGGACCAAGUGCCUGGGCGCCAUGGGACAGUGCCGGUCUGCCAAUGCCGAGGAUGCCCAGGAGUUCAGUGAUGUGGAGCGGGCCAUCGAGACCCUCAUCAAGAACUUCCACCAGUACUCGGUGGAGGGUGGGAAGGAGACGCUGAGCCCAUCUGAGCUCCGGGACCUGGUCACUCAGCAGCUGCCCCACCUCAUGCCGAGCAAUUGUGGGUUGGAAGAGAAAAUUGGCAACCUGGGCAACUGUAAUGGCUCUAAACUGGAGUUCGGGAGCUUCUGGGAGCUGAUCGGAGAAGCAGCCAGGGGCUUGAAGCUGGAUGGUCCUGUUCCAGGGAGUUGAAGACACUCCUGGGAUUCUUGGGGAGAUGUGGGGAGAGGGCACCUUAGAGACUGUGGGCUUGGAAAUAAAACUUCGCUCCAGCGCUAUCCCUGUU